AUGGCUGCGGUAGCACGAGCAUUUCAACUAGCCUGCCGUGCUCGACUCAAAACUCUAGUCCAAAUCACACCGACGGCACAAUCUUCCACAAAGACUGCACAUCGAGGCUAUGCUACGCAAAGCAGUCCUGGGGCAAGCACAUCCUCUUCGACGAACACACCUCGAAGGGCGGUGACGGUCACAACUGAUGACGGAAGAUACAAAUGGUCUGAUCUGAGUACUAGAGAAAAAGCAGCCCGGUCUACGCAACAAUCAUUCAAUCUGGCGUUGGUGGUAGCAGGAGCCGUGGGAACAUUGACGGUCAUCUAUUUCCUCUAUCAAGAACUUUUUGCUGCUGAUAGCAAGACCCGCCAAUUCAAUCACGCUGUGGAUCGAGUCAAAGCAGACUCGCGCUGUACGGAACUCCUUGGACCAGCAAAAGAGAUUAGAGCUUACGGAGAACCAACGUCGAACAAGUGGGCCAGAGCGCGGCCAUUGGCUCAUUCUGUGGAGGUCGACAAACUAGGAGUCACUCAUUUCAAAAUGCAUUUUCAUGUAGAAGGCCCAAAAGACGCUGGUGUAGUGAGUCUGCAUAUGACGAAGGGAAAGGGAGACGAGGACUUGCAAUACAAGUAUUUGAGCUUGAAUGUGAAGGGGCACCCGACCGUAUACCUGGAAAACGCAGACGAGAAGAGCCCCAAAAAAGCCGUUGCAAAGAUGUUUGGCGUUCAAUGGCGAGAGUCGUAG